AUGCAACUUCAAGGUGAAACCGACGAUUUAGGGUUUUGUCUUAGCUUCAGUUGCUACUUUUCAGAUGGUAAUUCGACUGCUUCAGCAGCUGCUAAAGUUAUCUGCGAAUUGAAGCAAGAACAGGCACCUCAGUUCUAUGAAUUUAGUGAUGUUGAUGAAGAUGAGUUUGAAUUCUCUCCGGACGAACAAGUUUCCGGUAAACAGAUAGACGAUUUUGGUUUCAUUUUUUCCAUUGAAAACAGUGCGGUUGAAGAAACCGAUGAUGCAGCUUCUCCAGUUAGUGUUCAGUUACAUAAGUCUUCUGUUAACGAACAGGAAUCCUACCCGUCCUCGUCUUUCUCGUAUUCGGAAGCGGAUGAAAAUGAAUGUGAUUCUAUACGUUCUGGAAUGUUUUGUAUGUGGUCGGGUUUUGAAAAGUGUAAGAAGAGCAGUUCUACUGGAUCUCAUGGAUCAUCAAGAAGGUGGAGAAUCUUGAAUUCACCCGGUCGGAGCAAGUGCAAAGGGGAGGAAUCAUCGUUAUUUUUGCGGUCUAAGAAAGCCGACGCCUCGAAAGACAGACGAGUCGCUGGAAAACCUAAGACUGCGUCGUUUCAUGAAGUGUUUUAUGUGCAGAAACGAGCGGAACAGAAAGGCGAUAAGAUGAAAUCGUUUCUGCCGUACAAGCAGGAUCUGUUAGGGUUCUUUGUUAAUAUCAAAAGAUCUGGGAACAAGAAGUAA